CGUGUGCGCGAAUGCGCGUCUCCGCGUCCCGGGGCGGCGCGUCGGGGCGGAGAGUUUGCUACGGAUCUCCCUCUUUUAGGAGUAUGAAACUCGAUCCCGUCGUGCCGGUAGCGUCCGGUAUAUAACGGUAGCCAGCGGAAGAGGCUGUGAGACUAAUAUCAGUCUGAUCGAAGAGAUGAGUCGCAGUUCUCCAGAUGUCCCGCACUUUCAGAAAUAAGCUGACGAACAGACCGCGCGCUCCGUUAUUCCUGCUCGUUUCCAAGGAGAACAUGAUGCGUCCUGGAAGGAUAGACAGAUAAUGACUGCAUUGCUUGCUUCCAGUCAAUCGAUGAUACUUAGGGGGGGCUUUUUACGCAUGAGAAGAAGAUUGCAUGGACACACCAGCUUUGAAUUAAACUCACCGAUAUCUAUUUUUGUAUGAAACCAUGAGCUCGCUGUUGUUUGGAGAGGGUUUUUUGGGCGGAGUGGUGAGCGGCGCGCCGUCGGAAGCGGUUCCCAGAGCUCUGCGCAACGACCUGGGAUCCAACAUCCAUGCCCUCAAGAGCCUCAAUCUGAGGUUCCGCUGCUUCCUCGCCAAAGUCCAUGAGCUGGAGAGAAGGAACAAACUUCUGGAGAACCAGCUGAAGCAAGCCUCCAGUCAGCCGAGGCAUCCGGGCUUCACCUUCACGCGCGAAGUCGCAGUCCAGACGGACUCUCUGGAGUCCAGGCUUCCGGGCAACAUCUGGAGUUUUACGCAUAUUUUGAGACACGGAGAGCGCGUGAAGACUGUGCAGGGACCCGGGGUCACCUGGACCCAUCCGGACGGGGUUGGGGUUCAGAUCGACACCAUCACCCCAGAACUGAGAGCCUUGUAUAACGUCCUGGCCAAAGUCAAACGGGAGCGGGAUGAGUACAAGAGAAGAUGGGAGGAGGAGCUGUCGAGAAGAGAACAGAUGGAGUCGAUGGUGCAGACGCUUCAGGAGAACGUAAACGAAUCCGAAGCCAUUCAGGACGAGUUGAACGAGAAGGUCGAAAGACUGAAAGCUGAACUGGUGGUGUUCAAGAGCCUUAUGAGCGAUCAAAUGUCCGACCUCGACACCAAGAUUCAGGAGAAAGCCAUGAAGGUAGACAUGGACAUCUGCAGGAGAAUCGACAUCACGGCCAAACUGUGUGACGUGGCCCAGCAGAGGAACUCAGAGGACAUGUCCAAGAUGUUCAACAUCAGUCCAUCCAGAGCACCAGCAGACAGGACGGCUGUGGUGUGCAAAAAGAAAGAGAAGAAGCCAGUCUCAGAUGAGGAAAGCUCAGAGAUGGAUGCAGAUCCCAGCUCCUCGGAGGAGGACGUCCCGUUUAACAUCACCGAUGAGAUGAAACGCAUGAUCAACCAUCUACAUUGUUCAGAUAACUCAUUUGUUGCUAGGCGGGAGACGUCUGAGAUGGAUGAUGACUGUGACAGUUUGACAUGGGAAGAGAACGAUGAUACGCUGCUGCUAUGGGAGGAUUUCAACAAUUACAACAUGCCCUACAGCCUCACCAACAGCAGCGCUGCCCCGGACUCCAACGGAGACGCACACGACACUGAUUGCAGUCUGGGAAAUCUCAUCGAUGAGACCGAGUCUCUUUUCAAGACCAGAGAGCAGGAAUAUCAGAAGACGAUCGGACAAAUCGAGAUGGAGUUGGCCACGGCUAAGAGUGACAUGAACAGACAUCUGCAUGAGUAUAUGGAGAUGUGCAGCAUGAAGCGAGGGCUGGACGUACAGAUGGAGACCUGCAGGAGAAUGAUCAAGGGUGGCAGAAAUUCUCUUUCCAUCAGCUCAUCUGCGAGCAGUGACUCAGGGAACACUGACGAGAUACAAGAGGAGUCGGACAAGGACGGAGAGACGGAGGGGCCAAUCAGCUGAUACCUGCCCAGUCUGGCCCCGCCCUCUUCCUCCCACCGAGCUCCAAUCAGCUCUCGGGCCUCCCAGCAAUCGACCAAUGGUAUUACACUGAGGGACAGAGCCCACUCCCACAAAUCCUGUAGGUGCUUUAACGUCUCCGUGUCAGAGUGGGGCGGAGAUAAUGAGGGUUGUUUUUGUGCUUAGACAUCAAUAUCGAUGCGUCACACGGUGCCACAGCUGUCACGGGACGGCCUGACUACAAAUCAGAUCGAUCCCAGCUAAAAUACAUAACACAAUACACUUGAUCAAACCCCAAAUCUCGAUAAGAAACCGGAAAACGUUCACACAGUGUGAGUGAUACACAAGACUGAAAGCCAAUCAGCCCAAAACGGACUGAACACAUCAGAAUGAGUUCCUUAAUAUUAGUGGCUUUUUAUUUUUCUAAAAACUAUUUGAGAAAUCAACAGUUUACUGCAGAAAUAUUUUGGCCUUUAAGCCCCGAUCCAGUUGGUGAAUGUGGAAAAAGCUUGUGUUCUAUGCAAUCAGCCUUAUUUUGUGAUCGGUGUUUUCCCAGCUAACAAAAAUACACUCUAUGAAUGUUUUGCUGACGUUCCCAGUUAUUUCUGAAUGUUCUCUAAUCAUCAAAAUUUAAAGUUAGUUUAAAAGUUAGUUUUUUCUUUGUUUUUUACAGUAAUAUCUGUGGAGUGCCUUCUUUUAGAAAGAGAUCAAACUUUGUGCUCCUAAGCGUUCAAGAUUUACGACAUGUAAUUUUCAGGUUUUUGGUAAAUAAAUUGAUUAUGAUUACUGCAUAAAUAUAAUACCAUAUAAUUUAGCACAAUAAAAUCCCCUAAAAAUACAAAAUAUGAAAUAAAAACAUUAUUUGAUUAAAAUGUAGUCCAUUAAUUUAAUUGAAAUAAAAAAUAAUAAUAAUUAGAUAUUUUUUUACCUGUCCAAAGAAAAGCUCCAGAUGGUUAAAACCUUUUUUUCUUGAUGUGCGAAUGUUAAAAGAACAUUCCAUUUUCUGAUUUUGCAAACAUUAUGCAAAUGUUACUUUUGAAUGUUCUCUGAACCUUCCGAAACAAAUAGUAACAUUUUAAAAAACUGAAACAUUUCAGAAAAAAAAGAAUGUCUGUUUUACUGAAAGAACCUUGGCAGAACAUUAGCAAAACGUUCCCUGUUAGCUGGGUUUGAUUUGAUGUGUUAUGUACUACGUUCACAUGUUUUAAUGUUUACACACUGAAUGGCAGAAUCUGUGGAACAGUCUCCCAUCAUUUUAAACAGCAACCAAUGAUGAUUGCAGCUUUUUAAAGGGUUACACACAUCAAUAUCUCAAAUAUUAAAGAACUAUGUGCCUAUAUAUACAUCGCAGGUUCAUUUUGGAUGGCCUUACUGCAUUUCCACUUCUUUCUAAAGCACUCAUCAUGAUCAUGGGGGAAAUGAUCAGAUAUAUAUUUUGUUGAUUGUAUGAGGACUUUCUUGAUGUCUAAGCAGUUUCUUUGUUAGGUUAUAUCAUUAGAAGAGUUUUCAGGUGGAGGUUUUGAUUGUAUAUAGACCAUGUUGGGUGUAUCUGAAAUUAUACCCAUUUCUAUAAAUAUAUGUAGAUGCAAAAAUUACGAAAUUUUAAUUUUGGCAUUAAGCCCUCACAAUGGCCACUGUUCCAUACAGAUUCAGGUUUGUUUUAAUGGAUAUGGUUUGUUCACAUAAUGGUCUUUUCUGGCUGCUUAUAUUUUAGCAUUUUAUACACUACUGGUCAAAUUUUUGGAAGAAUUGAGAUUUUUUAAAUGUUUUUGAGAGUCUCUCCUGCUCCUUAUUUCAUCAAGACACAAACAUAUGAAGCAGCACAAGUGUUUUCAACAUUGAUGAUAAUCAGAAAUGUUUCUUGUGCAGUAAAUCAGCAUAUAAGACUGAUUUCUGAAGAUCAUGUGACACUGAAGACUGGAGGAGUGAUGCUGGAAACUCAGCUUUUGAUCACAGAUAUAAAUUAUAUUUCAAAAUAUAUUACAACAUAAAAUUAUUAUUUUAAAUUUUAAUAAUAUUUCACAAUAUUUGCUCAAAUAAAUGCAGCUUUGGUGAGCAGAAGAGAAUGAAUUAUUCCAAAAGUUUGACCUGUAGUGUACAUUCCUUAUUAUUCUGAAAUAUGGGAAAAUUGUUUUUAUUAAAUUAAUCAGUGAUUUAAUUAAAAGCUCUAUGAUGUAAUUAUAAGGUCAAAAUAUGGGUUUUAAAAAAUAUAUAUUUUAUAGUAUAUAAGUUGGUGGGUAUCAUUUGUGUUUAUUAAUUUUACAAUAUAUUAAUUUAGCUCGAGUUGGUAUCAUAUAUGAUCAAAUCAUCUGUUUUGUUUUGCAAUUGCAAUUUUUUUGCAAUUUAGUUUGUGUAUUUGAUUUCCUAAUUUAUCAAAGAUUGGAAAAUCUGGCUUUUGAAUUUUAUAAUAUAUAAAAUUCAUCUGAUUUUAUAAUGUUCUGGAUAUCUGGGGUUAAUUUGGAUGCUUUUCCCGGCAAAAUUAAACAUGCACUUAUACAAGUCUUUGCCUUUUGAAACAAUGUUGGCCUACUUUUUCAUGCUUAUGGUGAAAAUCAAGCUAUUUUGUUUGUCUGAAUCUGAAUCCAUAACAUGGGUCAGAUGUCUCUUUUCAAAACCAAUUGAAUGGUUUUUGAACAAACAAAUGGGAAAAUGCCAGCAUCACAAGGUGAAUUAUCACACAAAAUAAUAUGCUGAAAAAAAGUGUUACAUGUUAUUUUUAUUAUUAUUAUUUAAUUCCAUUGUGUUCAUGGCGUUUUAUAGAAAAAAGUGAGAAUUAUCUCUGUAAAGUAUCCUAAGCAAAAGUAUGAGUUGGUCAACAUCUUUUAGAAGUGCUUGUAUUCAGAAUGAACUGAAACUGGAUGAGAAAGUAAUGCCGUCAUCAUAUUUGUGUUUUUGUAAAUUAAAGGAAAGCACAAAAUGGCAGCAAAUGUAGGUUACAAUUUCUUGCAAUGAUGGGGUCAUAUAGUGCAAACUAUCAUAAGCAUAAAGCCAGAAACAUACCUGAUACAUUUCAAAACACAACAACACAAAAUUGAGUUUGUGUAGCAUUUGACUUCUCAUAUUUGCAUAGAGUAUAGUUUCAGGCCUAACAUUUUGUCUUUAAAUCAAAUAUGCUGUUUUCUUACCUUAAUUGGCGUUCCCGUUCAAAAAUGAAAAGCAUUUUAAAAAUUGCUUGUAAAUCUCUCAUUAAGUUUUAAUCUCCAGCGCUGCGUAGAUUACUUACAAAUCAAGGUUCUUGAGGUGAAAUAAUUAAAUCAUAAAAUUGUCAAAUUAAACAAAUUGUGUGGCCUGUAUAAUUACAGUCACCUGACUGUAUUAUACAUCAUUUCUGGAAUCUGAUUAAGUUAUCCAGAUUUAAUGUAACCCAGUCUUACUGAAUCAUGGAAUCAGGUUUUGUGUUUCUUUUUAGGAACCGACUGGUCAUCUGAGUUUAUUCACCUCAGUUUUUAAGUAAAAAAGUAUUAUUUGUGAGUAAUUCUGUCAAUGUUUGCUCCAAAACAAGUACAUUAGCUCCAACCUGUUCUAAUUCAAGCAAAACAAGUUAAUUAAAAGACUGAAUACAAUAUUUGGUAAUAACAUAGCAUAACGAGAGGAAAUUUCUAAGGAUUUUUUGAAGAAGACUACAAGUAUAAAAGUACAAAAUGUAACAUAAAAAUUUUUGUUAUAGCAGUUUUUAAGUUGUGACACCAUCUCUGUGAGAUAAAGUCAGUACAUUUUAGUCCAAUUCGAAAUCAAUACCUAGGAUUUUCUCGAAAAAGAAAAUCCUCUCUGGGUUAAAAUGAGCGGAACACACAAAGAGUUAAGAAUGGUUAAUGAAUUGCAUUCACAUCAAGAUUUGCCUUUAUCAGUGAAUGUACAGAAUAUCAGAUGCGGUCAUCAGUAGAAAAUGUUAUUUAGUUCAUCAGACAGAAGAUGAAACAAGUCAGAUGUUUUCAUGCUCUUGGGUUUUGACCGUAUGAGCUCAGAUUUUGAUCUGCAAAGCCGGGUUUUGCCCAAAUGCCAAGCUGAGUGCAAUUACUUUGCACAAUUACUUUUGAAUUGAAUCUGUAAUUUCUUAUAAAGCAACACCAGUUCAUUAGACCCCCAUCAUCAUCAUACCAGCAUCAGCCGGUUUUACUGAAAGAAGAAAGGGUUUCGGUUUCUGAUUUUAACAAGAUCUGUGGCCUCAAUCCUUCUCUUUUUAUUUGAUGAUAAUGACAUCAGAAAUUAUCAGUAUAGGUACAUGAGAACAUUUUUAUGUUGUCUUUAUUAUUGUUUUUGCUGCUAAUGAAUUUUCCUGGUGUGUGAGCUACUGGUGUAUGUUUCAAAAUAAUGAAUGUAUUUGGUGCUGGGGUCAAAAAAAUAAAUAAACUGAAUUGAUUCA